GCGGAGUUCGCCAAGGAGCUGCUCGCGACGCGCGUGCCGCCUGGCGUGGACGACGCCUCGUACGUGAAGGCCGCCUUCCUUGCUGCGGUGGCCAAGGGCGAGGCCGCGUCGCCUCUGAUCAGCAAGGAGUUGGCAGUGGAGAUGCUGGGCAAGAUGGUCGGUGGCUACAAUGUUGCUUCCCUCGUCACUGCUCUCGACGACCCCGCCCUUGCGCCGAUCGCCGCCAAGGAGCUCUCCAACACGAUCCUGAUGUUCGACGCCAAGUUCGACGUCGAGGAAAAGUUCAAGGCCGGCAACGCCUACGCCAAGCAGGUCAUGGAGAGCUGGGCGAACGCCGAGUGGUUCACGAGCCGCGGCAAGGUUCCGGAGAAGUACUCUCUCACCGUCUUCAAGUAUCACGCGCUUGACUAUAUCACCCACUCGGGCAUGUUAUCCGACAGCAUGAUCAUGUACCUGCGCCGUGCCGCUUUCCAUGGCGGUGCACCGUGCGUGACCAUCCUAGAUGAGAUGGCCGCUUCGUGA